CCAGAGUCAAGUUGAAAACUGCAGUAGAUAUUUUUAAAAUUGGCAUAUUGGAUGCUUCUAGUAUCACUCAUGUAGGUCUGUAAUCCAUGCUAAGCUGGCAGAAUGUAAAAUUUUUGUUAUUACACACAUUCCAUGCCUAUUGUGCGAGCUGAUUGUUCUUAAAAAAUUUAGCCUUUCUCUAGUCUGAAGCUGUCACUGUAAAGCUGGUUCUUUGUUUGUGUUCCAACAGAAUCCAGCUGUUGUCUCAAGCAGUAACAGCAGCUCAAACUCAAGCAGCAACUCUAGUAGCUCUGCUGGAAGCACGCCUGAUCAAGUGGCUGUGCUAUUAAAACAGCCUUUAUUAUGCAAAACACACCUUGGUAUACCUCGCAACUGUUCCUUUACAGAGCCGCCAAAUCCCACUUACGAUGCACAAAAUAACAUGUGUAAUGAUGUUACAUUAGAGGUAUCCUACACUGUACAGUAUGCCAAUAGCUCAACUGAUAUUGUAUCAGCGAAGGUAGAGUUUUUACUGGGGAGUGUCACAGCGCAAGGUGGACUGGACUUGAGACAGAAAGUGUCUGUCAGUUUUUCAAAGGCAGGUGGUGCAGACACUACAUUCUUGAGGUCAGGCAACCCUGGUUACAUUGUUGGUGAACCUCUCGUUGCUGGGACACUUGCCACACUAGACGACAAAGAGGCGAUUUUUCUCAGUAGUGACCGUAACUCGUGGCUGACCAUCAUCAGUCCCACGGCAAACGGAGCCUGCAGUAACUCGACUGAACGUACCUCGGUAACGUUUGGAGUGGACAUGCGUACUGGCUGCACUAUCAGUGUUCCAUUGACUCUGAAGGGUUCACAGUGCAGGUUGAUUCAGGAGACAGUGUUGAACACACUGAUAGGAGAUCCGCCCACGUACGUGGCCUCUUUUGGCAACUCAGAUGUGAAUAGCGUGGGAGACUGGGUCAAGAUUCUCAACACAAGACCUGUCAAUGAGGUAAAGCGGUAUUAGGAAUGUCUCAAGUGGGUUUUUCUUGUUGUUUAAUUUUAUUUCAUGGCUUUUUUUCAUUU